UUGAAGUGAACAUCCUCUUCCUCCACGAAGAGGAGGAAUCGUUCUUCAUUAACUUGUCUUUUUUCCCUUCUGACACUGACACUGCUGUGUAAAAAAAACAAUCAGCACGGAGGGAAAAGAAGCCAUAAGAUGAAGAAACGAUAUGUGGACGCGAACAGGCUACGGAAAAUGAAAAAAUUGAAAAUAACGGAGAGGCUGUCUGAAAGUGCCUACACCGUCCUGAAGUUCAUGAUGAUGUGGACAGUGGUGCUGCUGGCAGAUUUCAUCCUUGAAUUCAGACUGGAGUACCUGUGGCCAUGCUGGCUCUUCUUCAGCAGCGUUUACACCACGUUUCACUGCCAUGGACUUGUUAUAUGUGUUGUUUUUGUUUGUGCUGCCUUCACUCUGGACAUCUUUUGUUUAAUUUUUGUUCCUUUGCAUUGGCUGUUCUUUGUGGCGAGUACAUAUGUGUUAUUCAACUACAUAUGGCACACAGAAAAAGGCAUCUGUAUAUCAACGGCAUCCCUGUGGAUUCUUCUCGUGUACACAGAAGCUUCACUUCGACUCAAAGACCUUAAAACCUCUCAUGCAAACCUGUCUCAUCUUUUUGCUGCACACUGCAUUGGAUAUCCUGUAGUGUACCUUGGGUUUUACGCCACCUGCUAUUUCACCAACAUCUUCAAGCUGCGCAUACAGAAGGCCGUGCAGAGUGAGAACGACUUCCACAUGCACCUCCUGCAGCACUCGCUGCCUCCAGGCUCACAGGUUUACCCCAAGAACAGCACAGAUGGCAGCAGCAGCUCAAAAUGGAAGACAAAGCCCGAGUCGACUCAGUAUCAGUGUCAGAAUGGUGCUGUAGUGUCCAACGAUGAGGGACACACUGUCGACUGCCUCCAGAUUCGCAGUGAGGAGAGGGCAACAGAGCGGGGAACACAGGAGGUGAGGUCAGCUGAUUCAAACCGGCGGCAGCCAUCAAUCAAAGCUGGCGAGUCCAGAGAUCUGCACCACAGUGGGGCAGGAGGACCAGAAUCCUCCACUGCCUCAGAAAAUCUACCUCAAGAAGAGCAAGGAAGCAAAGCCACACGCGCAACAGCUAAAAGCUCCUCGCCAAAAGCCCGUAGAGGCAGCACAAACACUCCUUCACCUCCUGCUGGGAGGAUGGAGAAGAAACAGAGAACCAGCUCCAAAACCAUCAGCCCCAACAGGGACAUAACAGACAAGAACACAACAGCAGCUCAGAACUACCACUCUGAACAGACUACCAAGCUGGAGCAGGAACUGAGGAGGCUGAAGGGCGAGUUGCAGACAAGCAGGCAGAGCGAGCAGGAGCUGAAGAGUCAUAUUUGCAACCUGACCAACAGUGAGAGAAGCCUGAGACCAGAAGUAUCUCUGCUCAGGCAGUCCAACAUGCUGCUGCAGAGCAAGAUUUUGUGUCUGACUAAAAACAAGCAGAGGGACAAACAGAGCAGUGCGAUGCUGGAGAAGAAGACCCGAGCAGAGACGGAGGCCAGACUCUCUCUGGAGAAACAGUUGGCUGAGCUUCAGGCUCAGAAACUGGAGGAAGCAGCCAACACAGCACGGAGCAUGACAAACAGGCAGGAACACUGUGAAACCCAAAUGUUAAGGAAAAGAGUAAAAGAUCUAGAGACAGAGUACAAACAACUACAGCUGGAGUUUCAAGUCAAAGAGAGUCGUGUGAUAGAUCUAGAGAGUGAUGUUGAGGCUUUGGGGAAGUACCGCUGUGUGGAGAAAGAGACGGACAUGCUGCUGUCCACUCUGUCAGCCAUGCAGGAGAAAGCUCAACAUCUGGAGUACAACCUGAGCGCUGAGACUCGCAUCAAGCUGGACCUGUUCUCUGCUCUGGGGGAUGCACGCAGACAACUGGAAAUCGCUCAAGAUAAAGUGAUGAAGCGGGACCGGGAGAUAAAGGAGAUGAAGCAGAAGAUAGCAGAGGUGAUGGCCGUCAGCCCCGGCGUGUCCUACAUGGCUCCUCGGCCUCCUGUGCCGCAAUAUCUCACUAAGUUACUCAACUCUGAGCGCUACGUGCUGAAUCCACGAGCACUGAUGUACCAGUGUCUGAAGAAAUAAUACAAGGAUUGUCUUUUUAUUCAGAC